ACUUAAACUCGGGUCAGCAGCGUCGCACCGGCGGGCUAGCUUCUCAUCGGAUCCGAAACCGAUCGGUUGUACAAAUCAUAUGUAUUUGAAAGCACGCCAUCGCAAAAACGAAACCCACGAAACGGUGUAGAAGAUACAGAUACUCGCAUACUUUCCACCAGCAAACUCGUUUCCUGUUGCCGAGAUCGCUGUUGUUCUGCGUUAAUUAGAUCAGCCAAAUAUGAAAACCCUUUGUUUGUGGCUCAUACCAGUGCUCAUCCUACUGCUGCUGGGAUCAAACCAAGUGGAAUCCAAGAAAUAUCAACGAUGCGAACUAACCCGUGUACUAGUGGAGAAUUACAACUUUGAUAAAACUUUCUUAUCGAACUGGAUUUGCCUGGUGGAGCACGAGAGUUACCUGGACACCAGGAAGAUAACGACGAAGGAGAACGAAAGCAAGAACUAUGGUCUGUUCCAGAUCAACAGCAGGGAUUAUUGCACCGAAGGACGAAAGGGAGGACAGUGCAAUAAGAAAUGUGAAGACUUCUCCAAUGACGAUAUAGGCGACGACAUCGCCUGUGCCAGGAUGAUCCAGGAACGCGAGGGCUUCAAGUACUGGAAGGGCUGGGAUCGCUUCUGCCGCAAUCCCCAGAACCUGCCCAAUCUCCGCGUGGUGUGCAACCUGCGGAGCCUGUCUCCUCUGCGGUCACCUCGCGGUUUCCUCACCGGCUGAACACCUAUUCCUAUGUACUAACUGAGCAUCUAACUUUAGAGAUAUAUACACAGACAUACGUGAAUGCUUUGCAUAA